CUGUAUCCUUCUCCUUCCUCUCUGGCUGAUCCAAUCCGUGGGAACCAAUCCGUGAAGGUUCGUUUUCGAAUGAUUUGUUUGCUGUGUUGUCAAGUACCAGUAACAGCUUUCAGAACUCGUGCGGUUCAGUUGAACCCCUAUGCUCCGGUGAGGAUAUCAAACUACAGAGGAAAGUCAGAUUCUUCCCUUCUCUAUUAGAGAUCGAGCAACAAUGAAUCGCCGUUUUCUGAAUCUUCUAGUCAACAAAUUGAACGGCCGCUGCCCAGCCGUUAAUCUGCACCGCAUCGAUCUGGCAAGCUUAUUCUGUCCUGCCGGACUACCGCCAGCACAUCCAGCAGCAAUAACCAAGAAGGCUUCGGCAUCGGGUCUGGCUCCGGCUCGGCUCCCUCCCGCCACCAUAUCCUUCUACCAGCCCUAUCCGCCGAGCCAAAACGGGUGGAUGGAUUUCAUGGCCCUCAACGACGACAUCAUUGCCUUCGACUAUGAGAGCCGCACCCUUCUCUAUGAUAGCGCCGUUGGGGCCGUCCGCGUCAUCAACCCGAUCAUAGACCCCAGGUGCCGCUCCAUUUCUCUCACCGUUGGCAAUGUUUUCUAUGUCAUGGCGCGCCAGUCCGGCCUGCCAUGUCAGGGGUACCAUUUUCAAGCUCUCAGCUUGAAAGACUGGUGCUGGCGUCGUCUCCACCCGCUCCCCAUUAAUUUCCUGGAAAUCAUCAAGAACCCAACUCACAAGUACGGGUUGGGGUUGGGUGAGGUGGACCCCUUUGAGUUCAGCGCCUAUGCAGCGGUCGGUGACUCGGACAUCUGGAUAUCCACCGUGGGCGCGGGUACGCACUCCUUCAGCACUAGUAGCGGCAAGUGGAGCAAGCUAGGUGACUGGAUCCUGCCAUUUAGUGGCCCUGCCCAGUAUAUCGCAGAGCAUGGCCUCUGGUUCGGCUUUUCUCGAAAAGAUGAGCACCUCUGUGUAGCCAACCUGGUGCAGGAGCCACCGGCGCCACUGCUUCAUGAAUUUCCCUUUCAGCAAGUGUGGGAAGAACCGCAUCUGUCAGAGGCGUGGACACCGAUGGCGGCUAGUCUCCUGCCGCUUGGCUCUGGCAAGCUUUGCACAGCCAGGGUCUUCCGGACAAGCAAGGGCAACAAGGACAGGAAAGCUGAGAGCAUUGUGGUGUUAGCUGGCAUGGAGUUUGUCAACGAUGCCAGCACGGGAAGGCUAAUGAUAAUCAAGCACAAGUCCGUGAGCUACAUCGUUGGUGGAUACGUCUUCAAACUGCUGUGAUCAUGUCCAUCCUACUUGUAAUGGAGCUUUGAUUUGUUUAUCAAAGCUGACCAUCUUCAAAAGAAUUUAUGUGUAGGGUUGUAUUCAAAUCUUAGUCUGUGUGCAUGUGCUUAAUUUUGCAGUUGAUUCAUUUAGAUUU